CAUUGACGUCAAGAUCUUUACUAAGAUUAGGGUUUCAUUUCUCUAUUGCAGCAAUUAGCCAGGGAAUGUAUAAAAGGCUUGAGGGAACCAAGCUAGGACUCCAGAGGGAAAGCACUUCGAACCACAGGCAGAUAGCAAGAGAGGGAGAGUGAAAGCAAGAGUGGCAGAGGAGAGACUGAGAGGGGAAUGAAGGAGAGAAGAGCAGAAAGUUUGUGUACCAAGGCUUUCUGCCCCUUCCCCCUCUCACAAAAGGAAAAAAAAGUAUUGUUUCACCUGAUAGCUUUGGUGACAGAGGAAUGAGGGAGCUGCUGAGUGCUCCAGUAGCUCAGAGUUAGAGGAAAGUUUGCAGUUCUGCUUCAGUUUUAGAACUGCAGGCAAUUGGCAGCCUAGCCGCCUCUCUCAAACAGACAUGAAAAGAGCUACUGACUAAGGAAGAACAACAACAGGAGUUUGACUUAGAGUUUCUGAAAAAUUAAAAGCAGUUCAGGGUGGAAAGAUUUUCACGCUGGCAUUCUGAGUUAUGCUUUUUUGAGCAGCUUUGGCUACACUGAGACAACUUUCUGAGAGAGGAGACAGGGGCACAAUGGGUCUUUAAGGAGCACCUUGUGAUCCCCGCAUCUCAUCAUCAUUAUCAUCAUCAUCAUCAUCAUCAUUAUUACUAUUUAUUUUUAUGAGGGUACAGGACAUGACAAAGGAACCCAAGGGAAGCCACUGAAGAACAGCAGCAGUAACAAGCAAAAUGGGUCUGUUAAGUGUGGACCUAUUGAUCACGCUGCAGAUCCUGCCUGUUUUUUUCUCCAACUGCCUCUUCCUUGCACUCUAUGACUCGGUGGUCCUCUUGAAGCACAUGGUGCUUCUCCUGAGUCGCUCCAAGGCUGCACGUGGCGAGUGGCGAAGGAUGCUCACCUCAGAGGGGCUGCGCUGCGUCUGGAACAGCUUCCUCCUAGACGCCUACAAACAGGUGAAGCUGGGUGGAGAAGCUCCUAACUCCAAUGUAGUCCACAUACCCAAUGGGACUGGUGACAGCAGCAAUAGCAGCAGCAGAUGGAGAAACUCCAGUGGAAAGUAUGGCACUGAGUGCCACCUCCUAGACUUUGCCAAAUCGGAGCGCCCACUGGUGGUCAACUUUGGCUCAGCCACCUGACCUCCUUUCACAAACCAGCUGUCAGCCUUUGGCAAGCUGGUGGAAGAGUUCUCUGGUGUGGCUGAUUUUCUGUUAGUCUACAUUGAUGAGGCUCACCCAUCAGAUGGCUGGGCUGCUCCUGGUGUCUCCUCCUCCUUUGAGGUAAAGAAACAUAGGAACCAAGAAGACAGAUGUGCAGCUGCUCACCAGCUGCUGAAGCGGUUUUCCUUGCCACCCCAAUGUCAGAUAGUGGCAGACUGCAUGGACAAUAAUGCCAACGUGGCCUAUGGGGUCUCCUUUGAGCGUGUGUGCAUUGUACAGAGACAAAAAAUUGCCUACCUUGGGGGCAAGGGACCCUUUUUCUACAACCUUGAAGAAGUUCGACUUUGGUUGGAGCAGAACUUUCGGAAGAGAUGAAAUCCAGAUUUAUCACAGGGACGUAGUUUCCUAGUUCCCCUUUGAAGUAAUGCUGAAGGGAAGUAAAUACAUCCUGUUUUGAAGGGUUUUUUUUGAAAGUCAUGAUACAAAAAAGCAGGCCUAAAAGUCAAAUGAACACAACAGAUGCAAAGCAAACAGAUAAGCAACAUGUUUCCUCCAUUCCUACCUGAAUUUCCCCCUUGCUUUUCAAGAAUGGAGUUGGGGAAAGUUUUGCCUUUAAGACGCAAAGACUGGUGUGAUGAGAUAUAUGCUCCAUAAGCAGAUGUUCCUUUUAUUGAGAUGUUUGGUACUUAAAUAAUUGAAAGCAUUUGCUUGCAGAAAAUCAGUUUAAUUGUGAAAACUGUACCAUCACCUGACCUCAAGGGAUAUCCUUUUGUUAUUCUGUAUUUGUCCCACUGAAUUCCAGUUCAGCAAAAUAUUAGAACCCUGUAGCUUGCCAGUAUAAUGGAAUAGAGCUAUUUAAUUUGUGACAGAGUGAUAAUAGAUUCUUAGAGACAAGUUCCAGCAUCUGCUAUGAAAUGGCUAGUAAUGCCAUUUUAUUUGCUGAGACCAGGAGCUAGAGCUAGGCACAGUAUAGCUGCAGCCUUGAAGCUUUUUAAUCGAAAUAAUCUGAUACUAGUUGGUUGGUUUCAGUAUUUUUUACAACAAAUAGUUCUGUGAUUUCUGCCUUACUUUUCAUUGGGUGAAACUGAUACGGUGUUUUUAUGCUGUAAUAGUCUUAAGGAUGUUGCAGCAAAACCCAACAUGGAAAUCAUGUAGGAUGAUUUUGAAUCUUAAUUUGCUACUGAGAAUUGGAUAACAUAAUAAUGUCAUAGCAGAAAGAUCUGUUGUGCCUUAACCAAUGUUGCACAGUGUAGCUCCAAUGGAUUCCCCUUAUAUGUUGAAUGCAAAAAUCUCAUUCAUGGGGAAAGACUGGUUGAUGUGAAGCCACCCAUGGGUCUUUUUGUAUCUUCAGAGCCAAUUCACACAGAAACUUUGACUGUGAGAUACCAAAUAAUAGCCUUAAGAUGACUGAACUUGGUUAUAUGGGGGGCAGUUGAUUUGUGUUUCCCUUUUCUCAUAGCCAGGCUAUUAUCUCAUAGUCACAAUUAUUUUCUGAAAUGCAUGCUUGGGUGAACUUCAUUUGUUGUUAUUAGAUCAACCAACAAAGGCAAAACCUAAUAAUAUCAGCAUGAUCUUCUAUUGCAAACAAGCUCAUGCGAUGAGCAGGUAUUCCUUUACUAUCCAGUUCUGCGCCUGAAUAAGCCUUUGGGGCACACCUGCAUGGCAGUCAUCUGCACACUAGGUUCCACGCCACCACACCCAACUGGGAGAACAGGACGUUAUUUUCCCUUGGUCCUGUACAAAGAGAAAGUUGGGAUAGAAAUUAAUUAAAUAAAUAAAACAAGUUGUUCCUGCAUUGUGGGAAAUCAAUAAGAAAAGGUUUUCAGCCUUUUCUGAGUCCAUCACAUGAUGUUCAGCUUUUGGACAAUUAUAAGCACUAAGAUCCUAGUGGGUGUGGUGUUGGGGACAGCAUGCAGUGAAACAUUGCAUCCAGUCCUAUAAAAAUGAACCAUAUAAACAUGCCUUUAGGUUUACUGGCAUAUGACAUUCUUCCUAAACUGAGGUAAUCUCUGAGCAAGGAGAAAUAUCUGUGUACUGGAGUGCAAUGUAAGAGUAUCCCUCUGUAGAAAAAUCAUUUUAUGUAUUACAAUCUUUAGAAGGAGUGUAGGGAAAGAAAGGCAAGGUGGGGAAAGAAACUAUGUAUAACAAGCAGUCUGUUGUGAAAGAUGCCAUUUUGACAUCGGGAUCAGUCAUGGUUUCAUGCACCCAGACGUAUCACUUGGCAUUUGUGUGUAUUCACAAUUACAUAAGGGCAUGUCUGACACAGGAAGAUGGACUUGGCUACUACUACAAUUUAUUUAUCAAUGUGCUUGCUUUCUUUUUUAAAAAGAAAAAUAACAGCAGUGCAGUUAGGAUUAUGAGUUAAAGUGUAUUUAGGUUUUUUUUUAAAACAAUGGAAAAUAAUUUAUUACAUUUGGAAACAAUAAUGUAGAAAAUGUUUUUUGGUGUGAGGGAAAAGAAGGGGGAUGGAGUUACUCACCACUUUACCUCAUUGGUAUUGAAACUUUUUCCAUUAGUUAAAUGUAGUAGGGUUGAUCUUUCUUCCAAUUAGUUUUUAAUCGUAUUAGUUCAAUGAAGUUAGUUCAGCCUGAAAGAUAUUUCAGCCUCAGGGUUGAUGAACUGCAGCAGGCCUGUGCUUUUGCCUAUCUUCCAUUUUCAAAGGAACAUUUUCAAAAAAUUCAUGUUGCUCUCACAGGCAUGUCCCUCAUCAUCUUCAAUAAGAGGAUGAUAAGGAAUAGAAGCAGUGUUAUGAAUUAGAUGGAAUUUCUCAAGAAAAGAAAAAGAGGAAAAGUGAUUUUGAAAGGGACACUGAGCACAAUUCUUUAGGAAGGUCUUGUGUACAGGCUCCAUUUGAAUGAGCAAGAUCUGCACAACCAUGGGAAAGAGUAGUGUCACCUUAAAGAUGUGACAUAUUGUAUUUGAUAUGUUAUCAUAGACUUCCGCCCAAUUCAUUUUUUUAAAGAAAAAAUGCUGUUAGGAGAACAUCUCCUGGUUCAUGUCCAAUCUCAGUUUCGGUUACAGGAACUUCAGGGUUGUAGGGUCUCUUUCUCCAGAUGGCCAACCAACAAACAAAACCAAUCAACAUUACCUUUGGUGAACACAUGGCAAUAUGUAGAAAUGUUCCCUCCUCCCCUGAAGUUGACGCUGCCUCUUUAUUUGUGCGUUCUGAAUAUCUUUUUGGUUCUAUUUGUGUCAAUUCAGCUAAUGCACAAGGUAUUUUAGAACAUGCUUUUCUAUACUGCAGGUCGGCAAACUUGACAGUGAAGUAUGCCAUUUUCUUCUCUGUCCACCUUCCUUCCUUCCUCCCUUCCUUCCUUCCUUCUCUCCCUCCCUCUCACAGAUAACAUAGCACAUGGACACACAUAUACUGAGAAAGAAUGUCAGAGAAGCUGAAAAUGAAUGAACAGUGAAAAGGUGGCAGUUGGAGGACAAAGAGGUGCCAUGGUCUUUCAGUCCAGAGUAACACAGAGAUGUAAGGCUGAGGAGGAAGAGUGUCAGUGGUAUGGAAUGUGAGAUUCAUUAGCUUGCAGUGAAGAAGAUAUGACUACAAGUAAGCAAAGAUGUUGAGCCAUGGUCAAUACAUAUACUUAAAAUGCUGAUCUUCUCCAGUUGCAGCAUGUGAGAUAUAUUUCUUAGCAUAUAUUUCAAUUAUAAUUAAUCCUCUAAUUGUUAGGUUCCUUAGUGAUCAGCAUUUCUACUCAUUACACUUUUUUUACACAUUAUUUUGCCCUUCUCAGAAGAAGAAACAUCAAGCAUUACUAGUCAAGCAUUACUAACUGUGUUUAUUCAGAUAUAUAUUGAGUAAACAUAGUAGAUACGUAUAACUGUUGGAAGAUUACCGGCUCAUCAACCUGAAGCCACCUUAAGCAUUAAGAAUGAUAUAAAAUAAAUAUACAACAACCUAAUCCAUGAAUCCAGUAUCCUGUUUCAGAUAGUCUAAUAUGUAUUUUACAUGGAGGCGAAUACAGUCUGUGGCAACCUGCUAGGGUUUUAAGAGGUCCCUCUCACCAUUUUUGAAUAAGUCUAAUGGCAUGAUGGAAACAACAUUGAACAUUUUAUGUUCCAUUGUUUCAAAUGGGGCUGAAUUAUAGAUGUGAUGUGCAGUGUAGUCCUAAAUUUAUUCACUUGGGAGUAAUAUCCCUUACCUUACUCCCUUACCUGGGACUAAUAUCAUUUAAUAGACCUAUCCCAGAUGUCACUGUGAUUAGAAUUGCAGCCAAAAUCUGCCACUGAAAUCAGUGGGAUAUCAAUAUGCUUAAAACUGGUCAGAGAACGUUCUUUUUUCUUAAGGAAAAUAAAACAUUCAGUACCAAUUUUAUUUCUUUAUUUAUAUAACUAUACUUGCUCCCUUUCCCCCUCCCAUAUCUUUCCAUGUUUUUGAUCAUUUUUCAUUUCAUUUUCCUUUUUUUUUUUGGAUAAUUGUUUUCUUUUCAUGUUGGGGUUAUCAAACAAGCCAAAUUACAAUUCUGGACUGACACAAAGCUUGGUUGACUCUCCCCUACCUUUGUCCUCAUUCUCUAAACUCUUGAAAACAUUCAAAAAUAUAUAUUUGUAUAUAAAAAAUCCUUUUCUUUCUCAUUUGAAUUCCAUGGGAAAGACAAAGUAUAUUUGUGAUGGUUGGAACAUACCUUAAAUUCACAAGGGGGAAAGUGAGUGACUAAACUGUAAUACACAUUUGCAUAUCUAAAGUCAUAGCAAUUCUGCAUGGCUAUUUUCUCCUUUUUCUUUUUUCAUUAUUCUAUCUUUUUUCUUAUGUGCAAAAUGCUUGUUAUUCAUAGAUGUGAGUUCCCCAUACAGUACAAGGAUUAGGAAAAUGGCUUCUGUCAACAGAAAAUCCACUAGCUUGCUUUCUUUUCCAACAACACAUAUUUGUGACUCAUUCCACAAACUUAAUUAUGCUUAUGAACCAAGAAAAAAUAAUUAUGAUAGGGAUACAUUUGAAAAAUGUCCUAAGAAGCAACAGAUCUCUUCACCAGAUCCCACAAGCAGGAAAUGCUCUCUCUCUCUCUCUCUCUCUCUCUCUCUCUCUCUCUAUAUAUAUAUAUAUAUAUAUAUAUAUAUAUAUAUAAAUAUCCCAUAAGCACCCCACAACGACAUUGGGAGGGAUGUUUUUAGUUUUGUAACUUCCUGAUUUGAAUUAAUUUUCCUUCAAGGUUUUAUCUUUUUAAUAUGUAUCAUUUUUUAUCAUCUGCUAGGAAAAGGUUUUAGAGUUCAUGGACAACCUCUUAAAAUUAAUGAAAGAAAAACUAGAGACAUUAGACAACACAGAGGAAAUACCGGUGUCUACUAGCAGUUCAGCAAGACUCAAAGAAUAAAAUAAACUAAAAUCAGACUGCAAGCCUUGAGGUGUAAGCACAAAAGUGUUUCAGAAUCAACAUGUUCUAAUUUCAUUGCCAAUGCAUUAUGCAGCUCGUUGGCUUCUGUAGGAAGGAGGAUGCUGGUGUAUAGAUGGAUUUGCUACGUUUAAAUUCAUUUUGUUCCUAGGCUAAAAGGAUUUUCCCCUCCCCACAAAGUUUUCUGUGUCACUUACAUUUUGUCCCACUAAUAGGAGGUAGAUUCUUGGAUAAAUAUUACCAAUUAUAGCUGAGAACGAUUAGCUGCAUGGGCAUGCGCUUAAAUGUUCUGGACAGGCUGAGGCAGCAAAAUAAAAAAAAAAUAGAGGAGAAGAUACAAAUUUGAACAUAUUAUGCACUGGGUCAGAUCAAUCUAAAGGCCAGUGAAGUAGUGAAGGGUUUUUUAAAAGUCCCUGGGUUGGAUCCAGACAUAAUUAAACAUAAAUUAGCUUAGUUAACUAGCUUACAUCCCACUGAUUUCAGUGGGUCCACUCUCAGUAUGAACACGUCUGGAUCCAACCCAUUAUAGGUAAUGUAGUACCUAAGCUGGUGUCUGGGAGACUAACCUUCUGCUUUACAUCUUGAGUUACUGUGUAGGCCUGUGAAAAAUGGGUUUCACAGACUAUCAUACAUUAGAACAAUGUAAGAAAGCUUAAGGUGAGAUAACUUAUAUGAAGUUGAGCUGAGUUAAGCCUCUCAUGAACUUAACUGGUGUUCUGUAUGUGACAUUUUGUGUUGCUGGAUGUUGGAUUUAGAUCUUAAAACCUGCAUUCAAUAAUAUAACCAAAGCAAUAAAAGAUAUAUCAGGUAGGGAAUACAGGCCAGUCAUAUUCACCUCUAGACCAUAUUCAACGCAGGACCCAUAUUGACCAAACUUUGGCUGGACCUAAGACUUGGCAUGCAAGGUUGAGAAGUGAGGAUGAGGCAGAGAUGCUGGUGUCUUCAUGAAGACCACUAACAAAAGAGUGUCUCAUUCAGUUGGUGUUCAGAUGCCUUGGCACUAGCAUUUCUCUUUGCCUUUUUCUCUGAACCUUCAGAAAUGGGAACGUCUUUGAAAUCCAUUUAAUAUGAGUCCUGGGUCAAUGUGGUAGGGAUUCAUUUGUUUGUGUGUAUGCAUGUAUCCUUGUUUAGAUGUUACAAAUACACUCUGUAGAAAAAGAGGCAGAAACGUUACAAUAUUGGUGCUGCGUGGACCAUGUACUUUGUAGAACUGUUUUUCCCUUGUAUUUUAAUAAAAGUUGAAGAAAACAA